ACAGUCGGAGCAAGAAACGCGGGAUUUCUCCUUCUUCUUCGUCCGCCCGAGUCCGUGCCGGCAUGGAUUUGUGAUUUCGCCGCGGCGGCUUCGUCCCGCUUCAGUCCCCUUUCGAUUUCUGGGUAGAGGGUCGGGCGAAAAUGGAGUUCCGUAGCAUGAAGCGGAAAGAACUGCAGGCGCUGUGCAAGAAGCACGGCGUGCCCGCCAACCUGACGAACCGCGAGAUGGCGGAUCGGUUGAGUUCGCUUUUCGAGGAGAAUGAGAAGUCUUCAGUAGAACCGAAGAGCGAAACUGACGUUAAGGCUGUGCCGCAGAAUAUGAAGAAAGUGAGGUUUAGCCCUGUCGACGAAACGUUUGUAUUUGUCAGUUCAAAUGUGAAGAGUACUUCGAGAAAGAAGCGAGCCACUCGGAUGGGGUCCAUCAAUAACCCGAGUUUGGCUGUGGGAAAAUCUCGCAGGAGGGUCGCUUCUGUAAGAACUGGGCAGAGCCCGGUUAGAGCAACGAGGUCGAGGGCGCAAAAGGGAGUCGAUAAGGAUGUGCCUCAAGUUUUUUCGCCUGGUAUUAGGAAGAAGAGCAGGAGAGGAGAAGUGAAGGUUGGCAUAAAAGAGGUUCAGAACGUUGAUGUUGGGGAUAUGGGACCCGAAUUGAGUGGCAGCACUAAUGGUGACAAUCCUCAGGUUGAAGUUGCGGCCCCACUUCGAUGGCACUUGAGAAGCAGGGGAGCAGGAGGUGAAAAGGAUGGGAAAGUUGAGAGCACAACUAUAGAGAACACGAGGAAGAACGUAAGACCGACGACAGAUUUGAAGAAGAGGAAAAGAAAUGAUACUGAAGCGCAUUUGCAUUCAGACGACAAACUUGAAGAUGGUUCCCAAGCAUUUGUGAGGGCACAACAAAGGAAGACGACUAGGCAUUCAAAGCGCAUAGAAAGAGGGGAGACAGAUUCAAAAUUGUCGAUUGAGGGAUCAGAGGCAGUCAAAUCUGUAGGGAGAAUAACACGGUCCAGGGCUCCGAGAGUGGAGUGCGCUUCUACUAUUAAAGCAAUAAGUGAUAUUGUGAUUGAUAAGGUUGUCCAACUUGGACAACCACAAAAGAUCAUAGGCAGAAGGACACGAAAACCAUCUGCACAAAACGAAAAUCUGCCAAGUGAGAAUGAUGGUCCAGAAGGUCAAAUUUCUGAUAUUUCCAAAGCAAGGAUCGUGGAGAGGAGGAAGACUAGAAGUAUGAAGCGCAAUGCAGUGACAGGUUCAAAAUCUCUACUCCUGGGCAAUGAAUUAGUGAAUGCAGAAAUUGCUGGUAGGAAAUUGAGUUCUCAAAAGAAGUCCGACCUUGAUGCUUCCACCAUUGAAGCUGAAAGUAAGAAAUCUGAAGUUCCAGAGGAACAUAAAGAGGUUGAUUGCCUCAGACAUAUAUCAAAUGGUUCCGACAAUAGUGUUUUGAGGGGAAAGCAUUCUCCUGUUCAUGAGGGCAAAGAGCGAAAUGGACUAGUUCUUGAGAACAAGACACAAAAACGAACCAAAGACACAUGUCAAAAAUUAGGGGCUUCAGAGUUUGGGGUAGCUGUUGAUCCUGUCAAUGGCCUUCCCCUUAGAAGAUCCAGAAGAAAAACGAUUCCAUCAGCUGUCCUUACUGAUGAAGAGUUUAUUGCUCAUCCAACUGACAGAAAGAAUGUGCGAUCGAGCCCAUACAAUCACGCAUCAGAAGUAGAAACUUCUGAAAAAGAGCAGUCCCUGAAGACAUUGAUGACUAAUGGCCUUGUACACAAUUCAAGGGUGUCCUCGGACACACCUGUUAAGCAGAUGGUGGGAAAAGUUCCAAACGGAGAAAUGGAAUAUUCUGAACCUUCAACUGAAGAUUCUAGGAGAAGCAGACAGUCUAAAAGAGGUUCUUCUAAAUCUGACCAUGGUGUAUCCAUGAAUAGUAUUGUUAAAGCUGACGCUAAGGGGCAACGAGGCAGUGCGACAAUCACAGAAGAGUUAGAAGCAAGAGCUAAAAGUGCUGAGAUGAUGGAUAGGACUUUGAAUAUUUAUGUCUACUUGGAUGUGCCAGCAGUUCUGGAACAUGAAGAUGGUUUGGAAAAGAAUGGCAAAACAGAUAAAGCUGAGUGCUCCAAGAACAAGGGAUCAGAUGGCAAGGCAGGCAACAUAGCAGGAGUUAAUAGUUUUGAUUUAAAUGGAGCAAACAUUUAUAAAAAAGAUGACCUUGCAGCACAGCCAGGUAAUGCUCUGGUUUCAACAGCUGAGAAGUCGCAAGAGGUUGACGUGAAGGGCGGUUUAGAGGAACUUUCAAGUGAUUCUGUUGUUAUAACUGAGAAGCCAACAGUUCUAGUUGAGGAUCACAGAGGGAAAGUCCAGGAUUCUGUCAAUCGAUCAUGUCAAGCUUUGGGUAGAGCAGAAGAUAGCAUUCAUGAACAGUUGGAAGAUAUGAAUGCCGUCCCCCACCAAGAUGCAUCUCUCACACGGAAAUUAGAUAGCGUGGAUGAACGUUCUGAUGCUCCCUUAUGCUUGGAUAAUAAACCAGAGACAGAGCACGUAUAUAUCGGAGAAGAUGUUCAUUCAAGAAGUGUUGAGGAAUUAGCUCUCGAGGAUCAUAUGGAUGAGUGUGGGCAAAAAGGGAUCCUGGAGAGAGUCCCUGUAGAUGCUGAUGAGCAUGCUCAUCAAAUUGCUCUUCUUGAUCCCAGCUCUAAUGAGGAUCAGAAUCAAGCGUAUGAGGCAAGGGAAGAACAUACAAUAAACUUAGGACUACGAGUUGGUACUUUUAAAACUGCAAUAGAAGAUGUCGUGGCCAUUCAGUUGGACAGUAGCUGCUCUAGUGCGCCAACAGGAAUUCUAAAAAUGCUUGCAUUAGGAGAUGGAGAGGCCAAUCAAAUAAAAACUCCAAGUCUAGUUAUCUCAUCACUUCAGAGCAAUAGUAAUUUUGGAGGGAUAGAUAUCCUAGCCAUGAGAUUGAAUUUUCAAGUCAAAGAGCACAACCAGAGCAGACAGUAAUUGAUGCAGAGGAUGGCUUAUGCAC